AACGAACCCAAAAAACACAAACUUGCAACACCACUUUGGCUUCUGCCAUCGCGAAAAUCAAACCAAAUCAACCUUCACCAUGUUCAGACGCUUGAUUACCGUCGCUCCGCGCCAGGUUGGGCGCCUUGCAUCUCCCCGCGUCGCUUCUGCCGCCUCUCAAGCACAGGUCCUUCGUCAGACAUCGCCCGCCACCCAACGGAGGGGAUACCAUGAGAAAGUGUUAGAUCACUACAACAACCCAAGGAAUGUCGGCUCUUUCCCUAAAACCGACGAUAUCGGCACUGGUUUGGUCGGCGCUCCUGCCUGUGGCGACGUGAUGAAACUCCAGAUCCGUGUCGAUAAGGAGACCAAUACCAUCUCGGACGUCAAGUUCAAGACCUUCGGAUGCGGUAGUGCGAUUGCAAGCUCGAGCUACCUGACCGAGUUGGUGCGAGGCAUGUCUCUGGACGAGGCCGCAAAGAUCCGUAACACUGACAUCGCUAAGGAGCUAUGCCUUCCUCCAGUCAAGCUGCACUGCUCCAUGCUCGCUGAAGAUGCUAUCAAGUCCGCCAUUUCCGACUACUACUCCAAGAACCCCAAGGUUCAGAAGACCAACCUUGCCGGAACGGGUGCCCCCAUUCCCGAGGUCAAGGUUGAGGCCACUGGGUCUGCUUCCAUGUAAUUGGACCCGAAGAAAAAAAACCAAAAAAAGUCGUUUCAAAAUACAAGUGAUAUUUGACAACACUAUUUCGGGGGCUAGGGCAGCUCUCUGAAAUAGGAUACUGGGUCAAAACAUUUUUUUCUCAUCAAUGAACGUAUGGGU